GUGGAAAGCAACAUCGGCGAGGGAACUUACGGAGCUGUGUUCAAAUGCUACGACCGCGUGGAUGGCAGUUUCGUUGCAGUGAAGCGCAUCAAAGCGACUACGCGCGAUACCGGAUUGCAUAUAUCGUCGAUUCGUGAGAUUAAAGCACUCUGCCACUUGAAGCACGAAAAUGUCAUGUUCCUGAAGAGUGUCUUUCUGCAUAGGGGUACGGUAGCGGCAAGCGCCUCUGCUACUCCGUCUGGGUCGGAAAAGAACUCAUUAUACAAAGAUGGCGGGGGCGAACAGGUUCUGGACAGCAAAACAACAAAACAAAGCAACCAGGACGAAGCCAAUAUGCCGUCUUCUGGUGCGAGACCUGCGGAGCUCAUGUUGGUAAUGCCUUUCCUGGAUUGCACACUGAAACAUGUAAUUCACAAGUUCCAGCCUGACAGGUCUCUACUAUACAGAGCCUCGAUGUUGUCGAAGUUUAUCGCAGAUCAGAGAGCCCGCGAACAAGAGCACCAAGUUUUUAGUCGAGCCCAGAGUAUGCAGUCCGAAGCAUCCGCAGCAGCGCUAGUUAGUGCAGGUCGAAGCUUGCAGAUUCAGACAGGCUCAUCCGUUGCCCCAACUGGAGGCAACAUGUUGCCUCCAGGGUCAAAAGGCGGCGGUCGAACAGGCUCUGCUGCAGCAACGCCGGGAAUAGCGGCUUUGCAAGCACACCAACAUGCUAGUGCCCAAGGUCUCACCGGCAGUUCUCAAAGACACCAGCCUUCUACAAGUAGAGCGAUAGUACGCAUGAAUGUAUCCUUGGAAGCUCAACGUGACUUGUUUGCCAAAGCGGAGCAAGAAAAGCGCAAAGUGGGACUGCAACUACCUGAUAUCGCAGCGAUGCUGCAUCAGCUUCUUGCAGGGCUCAGUUUUCUUCAUGAGCAACAUUUUGCGCACAGGGACUUGAAGCCCGACAAUGUGCUGUGCGACCUGACCACUGGAGCCCUAAAAAUUACUGACUUCGGUCUGUCAAGAAAGCUGCCAGCAGGGGAAGCAGUGUGGACUAUCUCUAGAAGUCAAAGUGGAGGGACACUCUCCUCGUCAACU